AUGGGCCUGCUCGCCCUCGGCACCCCGCUGUCAUGGCCGGAGGCAAAGACGAAAGCGAACAAAGUCAGAGAGUGGGGGAUCGAGCAAUUGUUGUCCAUUUGGAACAAAGCAAAGGGCAAGGAGAGAGAUGCCUUGCUCUGGGGAGAUGAGAUUGAGUAUCUCGUUGUUGCGGUGGAUGAUGAGCAGCGGAAGGUCCGGCUGUCUCUCUGCCAGGCGGAUAUCCUUCGAUCCCUGGCAAAGGACCAGGAACUUGCAAAGGAAGACAAAUCGUGCGAGAUCCUGCUGCCAACGCAUUAUGCUGGAAUUGUUGACGGCGGACUAAUGGGUAGUGACAGUAGAUCGGAGCCCCUUCCGAAAUUCCACCCCGAGUUUGGCCGCUUCAUGCUGGAAGCCACGCCAGGCAAGCCAUGGGGCAUCGGGUUCAAGGAUCUUUUGAGCGUGGAAUCGAAUAUGAAACGGAGACGGGUGAUUGCGAAGAACCAUAUGGCGCCAAAUGAAUACCCUAUCACACUCACCACGUUUCCCCGGCUAGGCACCAAGGAUGAUUUUUCUACGCCGACCUACCCCCUUUCCGGACCUGCGCUGCGGUCGCAAUUUGUGCCGGACGAGAUCGCGAACCCGCACAUCCGGUUCCCUACGUUAGCGGCCAACAUCCGGCAGCGCAGAGGUCGAAAGGUGGAGCUCAACGUGCCCGUGUAUCGCGACACAAACACGGUUUGGCCGUUUCACGACCCCACGGUGAACUACGACCUCCACACCUGGCCGGAGGAUGACGAUGUUCGGAAUGGCGCUGCGAAGGAGGGCCAUGUCUACAUGGACGCGAUGGCGUUUGGCAUGGGGAGCUGCUGUCUCCAGAUUACGUUUCAGUGCAUGAACAUCAAUGAAGGAAGGAAGCUCUACGACCAACUGAGCCCGCUGGGGCCGAUCAUGCUCGCGCUAACGGCAGCGACACCGAUAUAUAAAGGAUUUCUGGUGGACACGGAUGUUCGGUGGAAUCAGAUUAGCAACGCUGUCGACUGCAGGACAGCAGAAGAACUCGGGGAGAAGCCCCUGAAGCACGAUAGAUGGCGGAUUCCCAAGUCCCGGUACGGGUCGAACUCGACGUAUAUCUCGAACGAUCCGCGGCUACGGGCGGAGUACAUGGACCCCGAUCUGGUGGUGGACGAGCAGAUCAAACAGCGGUUGCUGGCGGGCGGGAUGGACGAGCUGCUGGCGACGCACUUUGCGCACCUGUUCAUCCGCGACCCGAUCGUGGUGUUCGCGGAGGACCUGGAAGAGCUGGACCUGGACAAGACGGACCACUUCGAGAACCUGCAGUCGACGAACUGGCAGCACAUCCGGUUCAAGCCGCCGCCGGCGGAGAACGACAUUGGGUGGCGGGUGGAGUUCCGGCCGAUGGAGAUCCAGAUGACGGACUUUGAGAACGCGGCGUUCAGCGUGUUCAUGGUGCUGAUCACGCGGGCGAUCCUCAGCUUCGACCUGAACUUCUACGUGCCGAUCGCGCGCACGACGGAGAACAUGGCGACGGCGCACGCGCGCAACGCGGUGCUGGAGGAGACGUUCUACUUCCGCAAGGACCCGUUCCCGCACCGGCGGGCGCGGGGGUGGGCGGCGGGGGGCAGCGGUGGUGGUGGUGGUGGUGGUAGCAGCUCGGGGUCGAGCUCGCGGUCGGCGUCGGCGCCGUCGUCGCCGCGGCUGGGGCCGGUGGCGGCGGAGUACGAGCGGAUGAGCAUUGCGGACAUCGUCAACGGGUCGACGGCGAGCGGGGGGUUCCCGGGGCUGGUGCCGAUCGUGGAGUCGUACCUGGACAGCAUCAACAUCGACGUGGAGACGCGGUGCGCGCUGGCGCAGUAUCUGCAGCUGAUUCGGUGCCGGGCGGACGGGCGCGUGGCGACGAACGCACGGUGGCUGCGGGAGUUCGUGGCGGGCCACCCGGGAUACCGGCAGGAUAGCGUGGUGACGAGCGAGGUGUGCUACGACGUGAUCAAGGCGGUGGAGACGGUGACGGAGCGGGAGGGGCGGAACGGCAGCGUGGGGUGGCAGAUGCGGUACACGAGCGAGGAGAAGAGCUGGGAGUAG